GAGAACUUCCGUCAAUACACUUCCGUUCCUUGCUGCGGGAGACACCGCUCUGCCGGGGUCGGUGAAGGAUCCCAAGAUGGCUGGGCGUAAACUUGCUCUAAAAACCAUUGACUGGGUAGCUUUUGGGGAGAUCAUACCCCGAAACCAAAAGGCAAUUGCAAACUCCCUAAAGUCCUGGAGUGAGACCCUCCACACCAGGUUGGCUAAUCUGUCUGAGACACCCCCAGCGAUCGACUGGGCUUACUACAAGGCCAAUGUGGCCAAGGCGGGCUUGGUGGAUGAUUUUGAAAAGAAGUAUAACGCCCUGAAGAUCCCGGUGCCUGAGGAUAAGUACACAGCCCUGGUGAACAAUGAGGAAAAGGAGGAUAUGAAGAACUGUGCUGAGUUCGUGUCUGGAUCCCAGGUCAGGAUCCAGGGAUAUGAGAAACAGCUGGAGAAAAUGAAGAACAUAAUUCCCUUUGACCAGAUGACCAUUGAUGACUUGAAUGAAGUGUUCCCAGAAACCAAGCUGGACAAGAAGAAGUACCCAUACUGGCCCCACCAGCCCAUCGAGAACCUGUGAGGCAGGCCAGGACGGAGCCCCGGCCGCAUUGAAAUAAAACAUUUACACAGUG